AUGGCUGCUGUGCCGUCAGAUCCUCCACCUGCGGCCACCACCGCCAAUCCUGCCCCAGCGAACGGCGAUGCCAAGAUCGCAUCCGACUCCACGGAGACACCUACGCACGUCGAGGAGCCCGCUAAGACGACGUCAACGACGGAAGAGGAGUUGAAGGCGGCUCCGGAGCUCCAGACUGCAGAGGACCCAAACCGGGUGUCUUCAUCGAACGGCCAAGAUGCGACGGUGGACGAGCUGAAGCCCAAGCUGCCUCCCAGGCCAGCAUCAAUAGAUGCCAGGGAGGGACUCCAGCCAACUGACCAGUCAGUACAACAACCACCAACACCAAACACCGCAACUACAACAAGCACAAGGUCGCCGAGGACCUCGACGGCCCAAUGCGCCUGCGAAGGCACCGAUACGACAGCGACCUCGAUAGAUGUCGACAACACCAAGCCCGCCGACUUUGAAGGCGAAAUCCCAACCAACAACGACCUCCCCACGCCCCAGACUCUGAAGAAGAUUGAGAAUUACGUUGUGCUAGACCGUCAUGGAAAGAGCCAUACAUUCAAGAGCUUGUACAGUGGUCGCAAUGUCGCAAGGCGAGUCCUCGUCAUCUUCAUCCGCCACUUCUUUUGCGGCAAUUGCCAGGAAUUCCUACGGUCCCUCUCCGAGUCGGUGACCCCUGACGCACUGCUGGGCCUGCCCAUGAGCACAUUCAUCACCGUCGUCGGCUGCGGCAACCCUGGCUUGAUCGAGAUGUACCUCCAGGAGACGGGCUGCCCGUUCCCCGUCUAUACUGAUCCCACGCGACGUCUGUUCGACAUCUUGGGCAUGACGCGCACCCUCGCGUUGGGAACCCGACCGGCCUACAUGCGCAAGUCCAUGCUCAAGUCUGCCGCCGAGAGCGUUUUCCAGGGUUUGAAGCAAGUGAAGAGCGGCUUGGCCACAAAGUCGGGCGACCACAGACAAGUCGGUGGAGAGUUCCUCUUCGAGCCACUCGAACUCGUCACGCCCGUGUCAACACCGUACGCCGAGCGGCAGAUUGAGGAGGCCAUGACUUCAAAGAAGAAUAGCAUCGAUACCAAGGAGGGCAUCGACGGAGAGGGCGGCGACAACUUUGAGCCGGAGGGGAAGAGGGUGACGUGGUGCCACCGCAUGCGCUCCACGCGAGACCACGCGGAAAUACCAGAGCUGAUGGAGAUUCUCGGUCUCAACGGUACCGGAAAGCCCCCCGCUCAGGAUAACAAGAGAUGGUCUAGGGCGUUGGAGACGAGGAAGGGGACUGGGUUGAGCAUGGCGAGCCAGAUGAGCAAGUUGAACGAGCAGGAGGAGCGAGUAUAG